CUCCGCCACGCCGCCGCGCCGCGAGGCGCCCCGCGCCGUUGAACUCGUCCGUCUCGCUACACGCGCACGCAGUUGAAGCGAGCGCGCCUGCUAAAGCUCUUGUGCUCGCUGUUCAGGCGAUACUACGAAAUUGUCGGUUGUCUGUCCAUGAGAGUGCACGCUGCACGUAUUGUGCUCUGUGGAGUGGUGAUUCAGUGAUCCGUACUUUGUGUGCAAGUAUUUGUGGCUGUGUGGUGUAAUUGCUGUUGUGUUGGUGGUCUGAGAUCACCGUACAAGGAACUGCGAUCAACAGUACCCGGGAGCCUGAGAGGGCAGUGACCGCGGUCGCGAUCUCGAACCGCAGCAGUGCGAGCGCGGCGGCUUGCGGCAUGGAGUGCGGCGUGGCGGCGGGCGGGUACGCCGCGCCCCCCGCGCACCCCGCGCACCCCGCUCUCUCGCCGACCGAGCGCUCUCCCGCCAAGUCCGGCUUGCACGUCAACUUCAGCGACAAGGGAGAGGUGAAGGAGCGGCGCGAGAAGUUCCUCACGGCCAAGUAUGGCAGCCAUCAAAUGGCGCUAAUCCGCAAAAGGCUUGCCGUCGAGAUGUGGCUGUACGACGAGCUGCAGAAGUUAUACGAAACGCCGAAGGACAACGCGUCGGGUGCGGCGGGUGCGUGUGCCGCGUCUCAGGAGGUGGAGGUGGACAUCGACGAGCUGCUGGACAUGGACAGCGACGACCUCCGCCGCCGACACCUCACGACCUUACUAGCGGAUGCCAAAAAACCUCAAAAAGAUGUACAUAAAUUCAUAAAUGAUUUGCUAGAAAGAGCGAAAACACUUUAGAUUACGGACCUAAAUCUCAUGUGGUGGACUGAGCAGCGGAGUCCCGCCGUCGCCAAUGCUCGCCAAUACUGGCUGGCUGUAGCGGCCGGGGAUACUGUCGAGCGUGCAGCACGAGGCUCUCUGUAAUCUCUGUUCGCUGAAUCUAGGCAGGCCAUUGUUUUGCUACAAGACAAUUAUUGUAUACUUAAGGAUAGUUAUGUUAGGAAGUAUUGUAAAGUUAGCCGACUACGAUAUAAAUAUAGUUACAGUAACUGUAGGCGUCUAGUGUACGUGGAGUAGCGCCGUCCGGCCGGACGCUACAUUCGGAACUUGUUCUAAUUUAUGUAUAAGAGUAUUUCGAGUGCAAUAAAAUAAUCUUAAUGCUUGUGUGACGUACCUAUUUAAUGUACUGCGAGAUUGCUUUUUGUAAUUAAAACUUUCGAGACUGACUAGCAGUGGUCUAGCGCGCAGGUGUUACUCCCAGACAAUUUUGCCAUUUUCCAUGUGGAAGCGCGAACAGGGCUACAGCAGUUGUUACAAAUUAAACGCUAGUACAUACACACAUGCAUUCAAUAUGUUUGUAAUUCUAUUGAAGAUAUGUCACAGAUUGUCGAUGUGUUGGUCUACUAAACCUUUUAUCCCUUCAACGCAACAUAAACAUCUUCACAUGAAUGUCACGAUGAAGUAGCGGGUACCUUUUGUUUCAAUGGGUCGAUGGAGUAAUCUCAUUUCAACACACCAUUCAAGGUAUUCAUCAAACCGACACAUUGCUUAUUUAUAUUAUUUGCGCAGUAGCUGGGCAACGUGUCACAAGUUCCAUCCUCGCAAACAUAUAUCGGUGAAAGUGAAGUUAUUUUAAUAAAAAUCUGAUAUGCAGCUACAAAAACCGACUUCGCUCCAAAGUUUCGGUUUCACCUGAAAUAAGACUCUUGCACCUUAGUACUGUAUUGAAGAUUUAUACGUAGACAUAGUAAGGCAUACGAGACGAGAUCUGAGUGUGUGUGUGUGUGUGUCGCUAUUUAUCUGGUUGUGCUAGCUAUCGGUGUUGCCUGACCUUAGAUUCCCUCAGUCUUAAGAGCUGAGAGCUCUCGCCCCAGAGAGUAUCUAGGCCUCAUCACCUGCAUACAAGUAGGCAUUGUUAAGCAAAUCACCACGCUUGAUCAAGGCGAGCUGGUGGUUUUGAACUCAUUCUAAAUCAGAAAUUAAAAAUUCCAGAAUUCCUGGCGAUCUUUACCUUCAGUGUAUGUCAGUGGAGACUCAACAAUUUUAGAAAGUACCUAUGUACGAAGUAGGGGCAUGUCUCGGAAAAGUAGCAUUAUUUUUGGCCAGGUCUCGAACCGACCCUCAUGCAUGCGAAAGUUGGCUAUACCUCAGCGCCGUCACGUCCACCGUUGAACAAACCCAGGCCUAGCUAGGCCAACGUACGCCGCUGCCAAUUGUUUGUUAUCGUCUCGUUGCAAUAUUUGUAGCGGAGCUAGUCUCGGUCAUGUGCAGACUGGUGGUCUCCAAUUGUAAUUACUUUGUAAUAAAUAAUUUUAAUAAAAA